AGCAAAGGUAGUGACGAGUGAGCCGGAUGGGAGGGCGGUAUUGCACCCCUACAGCUCCCCUUGGAUAAAGUGACGGGUAUUUGGGCAGAGAAUUAAUGAGAAGUGGCGGAAAUAGACUGGGACGAGCGUGUGUGUGUCCGCCAAAGAUUGAGGCAGCGUGCGGGCCCGGCGGGGAGAGGCUGGGAGAAGCGGGAGAGGAAGAGAGAGAGGGCGUGUCAUUGCUAGCUGGCCAUUUCGAAGCUCCAAGUGGCGGGCCGAAGCACACCUCACACCCACGCCCGUGAAGCCUUCAAGCCAAGCCGCCUCAAACACCUGCUGGGUAAAAAAAGGAAGGAGGAGGAGGAGAAGGAAGGAGAGGAAAAGAAAUUGAAAGUCUAAACAUAAAGAUAAACGCAAAGAUCUCACUAACAGGGCGACUCUGGUGGAAUUACUGAUAAAGGAGGAGGAAUACAAGGAAGAGAUAAGAAGUGAAAAGAAAACGUGAAUUGUGAGAGAAAGAAAACGAAAAACGUGUGGUGACCAGAGAGAGAGAGAGAGAGAGAGAGAGAGAGAGAGAGAGAGAGAGAGACCAAAUACUCUUACUCUCCCCAUCCCUUCCUUCCCUCCCCUCCUACUCCCCAUCAUAAGCCGUUGACCUCUACCUCCUCCCCAUCCCCAUUCCCCUCCCCUCCCCCGGCCUGAGGUGACCUAGGAGGCUUGAGGUCAUGCACUAAGCGAGGUCAUGACGGCUAAGGUGGCGGGCGUGGUGGUGGUGGCGGUGGUGGUGGUGUCUUGGGGUGUAGGGCAGGUAGCAUCCGUACCCUCCCCUCCACCUCCCUUCCCUUCCCUUCCCUAUUCCCCCUCCUCCUCUUCCUCCUCUUCCUCCUCCUCUUCCUCCUCCUCCUCCUCGGUGUUAGCGGGCAAGAACAGUCUCCGAAUUGCCAACAGUGGUGUGAACAAGGACAAGUUGCCGUUUGAAGCUGUUUUUCAAGGGCUGUGUGAAAACAUCAAGUUAUGUGACCAGCUGUGUUAUAACCUCCACGAUGGCACGUUUGAGUGUACCUGCCACCAAGGGUACACUCUGGACGCUGACGGAUACAGCUGCACCCGGAUGAACUACAGCAAACUCGAGUCCUCCAUCCUGUACGAGAAAGAGGCGUCCUUCGUGGCGGUCCUGGAGGAUGACGAGGCGGGGGAAGACGAGGAUAGGGACGCCAGCCUUAUCCUCCAAGGGCGCCGUGACUCCUCCUCCUCCUUGGAUGGCCAGGACGUGGAUAACCAGCUGAUUGAUCGCGCGGAUAUUCUCAACUAUGACAGGUAUAAGAUGCUCCGGGACGGCCUGCAGCAGGAGGACUUUGACCCGGCCAUCCUGCAGGAGCUGGAGGGGCGCUACCUGACCUCGCCCGGGCCCAACCUGGAACAGAAAGUGCCGUCAGCGCUGCCCAAUCUGAGAGCCACGCAGAGCCUCACUUCCAUGUGUCAGCUGGAGUGUGGCCUGGGGCGGUGCCAACUGGACGCGGCCGCAGGGGUGCCACGGUGCCUGUGUCCCCUGGGCCGAGGCGGACGCUACUGCCACCCGGGCGUGCACAUAGAGACGGCUCGGUUCCAUGGGUCAUCCUGGGUCGGGUUUUCGCCGCUGCGGGAGGCUUACCGAGACGUGCAGCUGACCCUGGAGUUCAAGCCGGAGGGAGGCGAGGGCGUGUUGCUUGUGUCUGGCGAGAAUGACGACCUCUCCGGGGACUUCAUGGCGGCAGUGCUGGUGGGAGCCUAUGUGGAGUUCAGAUGGGACUGUGGUUCAGGGGCCGGCUCUGUGCGAUCCCCUGAGGCAGUGACGCUAGGGGAGUGGAACCGGCUGACAGUGUACCGCCACCGCUGGGACGUGUGGCUGCAGCUCAACGAUGGACACCAUGUGCAGGGACGCUCUGAGGGUCUGUUCUCCCGCAUCACAUUCCGAGAGCCGCUUUACGUGGGUGGCUCCAACAACCUGACCUCGCUGGCACCACGGCUGGGUGUGACGGACGGCCUGCGUGGCUGUGUGAGGCGCCUGCAGGUCAACGAUCACGUGUACAGGUUCAGGCGCAGUGACCCCCUGAGGGAACCCAACCUGUCUGCUGACUAUGCUGCACUGGAUGGCUGGGGCAUCACUGAGUGUAUUGGGGAUGCCUGCAGUGAGGUGGAGUGCCAGCAUGGAGGGAAGUGUGUCGCCUCCACUCCUCCACCUCCCACAGCUCUCCACAACCAGUCCUCCCACACCACCCCCACUCCACCACCCUUCUUCCCGCCACCUGCCCCCACCCCCACCUGCCUCUGUCCCCUGGGGUACGCCGGGGAAUACUGUGAGAAGCAACUGAAUUUAGAGGUUCCUUCCUUCAACGGCUCCUCCCACCUGGUGUUCCCUGCGCUGGGUGGCUCGGUGCUGUCCUGGCUGGAGGUGGAGCUGGUGUUCCGCGCAGCUUCCACCGAGGGUGUGCUGCUGUAUGAAGGCCACCGGUCGGACGGAACAGGGGACUUCAUAGCCCUCACCAUCGCACAGGCCCAUGUCCUCUUCACCAUUGACUUGGGAUCUGGCGUGCUGACUUUAAGGUCAGAGUACCCCAUCCGGCCCGGCGUGUGGCACUGGGCGCGAGUGUCUCGGACAGGGCGGCGGGCGUGGCUGUACGUGGAUGACCAGCCGGUGGUGAGUGGCCUGACCCCCGGCGGCUUCACCAUGCUGUCCCUCUCCCAUCCGCUGUACCUGGGAGGGGUGCCGCCCACCUCCGCCACACAGCCCAUCCUGCCCGCCGCCCUGCCCUUCACUGGCUGUGUUCAGAAGUUGGCCCUCAAUGGCAGGCCGGUGCACCUGGUGUCAGGUGCUGUGUCUGGCAGCAACGUGGCAUCCUGCGACCACCCGUGCUCCCAGCGGCCCUGCGAUAAUGGGGGUGUGUGUGACCCUCACGGCGCCUCCUACUCCUGCCGGUGUCCCCUUGGCUUCAAGGACGCACACUGCCAGAGUCGUGUGGUGACCCAGGCAGCCACGCCCAGCUUCAGUGGACGCUCCUUCCUCAAAUACGACGACCCUGAGAUUCUGAAAAGAGUCUCUGGGGACAAGCUUCACCUGUGGCUGCGGUUCCGGUCAGAGGCGCCGGACGGCCUGCUGAUGUGGGCAGGGGAGGGGCGCAUCACCGGCAGCCUGGGGGGUCUGCUGGGGCCACCUCCUGGGGACUCCCUCACUCUGGGGCUGCAGGACGGCCACCUUUCCCUCUCCUACAACCUGGGCUCUGGAUUCGCACACCUGACCUACAACAACACCGGCAGGCUGGACGACGGCCAGUGGCACACCGUCAGGCUCAGCAGGUACGAGCGAGAGGCACGGGUGUGGGUGGACGGCGGUGAGGUUGGCGUGGUGCUUGCUCCCGGGGACUUGGUGCAGCUGAACCUUGACUCAGCACUGUUCAUAGGCGGCCGUGAGGUGGCCCCAAGGAGCAGCAGCAGCAUGCCCGGCCUGCGCGGCUGUGUGGCGGACCUCACCCUGGCCACUGACUACCACGUAGACCUCAUCACGCAAGCUGCCGCCGGCCAGAACAUCGACUACUGCUGACCCCCGACCGGAUCAGACUGGGGCGGCAGCGACAGCGGUGGCAGUGGUGGUGAUGGCAGCAGCCUCCAGGCUGGGGGCAGGAGGGGGCUGUGGGGAGGCAGGGGGAUGCAGGAGAGCUUGUGGCUGUAGAGGAGCAGCAGCAGCAGCAGCAGCAGUGGGAAGAAGUGGCGGUGGAUAUCAGGUCCGCAGGGAAGGAAAUGUAGCCCUGGGAGGAUGGAGGCUGUGGAGGAUGACCAAAACAUCUCUGGAAAAAAAGAUUGACAGUAAAAUAACUUUCCAAAAACCUUACAGUUGUGAUAAACAAAACUCCAGCAAGUGAACACUGAGAACAUGGAAGUGAAGGGAGUUUAUUAUGUAAAACUUCCUCAAACCAGCACAAAAGUAUGUUGCCUCAAAUUGAGUUGCCAACAAUAUGUUGAAAACAUACUGCAUUUACGAAGAUCAUGUUUAAAAAGAAAGAGUAUGAAAACACUUGCAGGUGACAUGUUAGAGCAGAGGAAGGAGCUGCAGCUACAGACUCUGUACUGUAACUUGUGCCAGUCUUGGUGGACAGACCCCAUCACCCCAGCUGGACUCUGCCCCUGGAAGGAACUAUGCCACACACCCCACAGCAGCAGCAGCAACAGCAGGAGGAGGAGGAGGAGGAGGAGGGCAUGUCCCCAGCCCAGCCACAGUGCGCAGGGAGAUGCACAUAGCUGACCCAGUAACCUUAAUACAUCUCAUAGUAAUAAUAACUUAGCUGUGUAUCAUGAAGGUGAGGACUCUCCGGCCCUCGCCAACAGGAAAGCGUGGAGAAGCUUAGAUUACUUUAGCACAGCUGCUCCCGGCAAGGCAGCGGCAGCGGCGGCAGCAGCAGCAGCAGCAGCGUCAGGCUUCGUGUGUCCGUGUGUCUUAGCAGCACAAGGCUGAGUCUGGGAGUCUUGUGUUCCUUGAAUGUUAGGGCCAACAAUUAUUACUAUUAUCAAUAUUAUUGGUUACAUUUGUUGUACAAACUCACGUCCUUGUUUUGUCUUAUGUUGGUUUGUAGUGACACGUAGUCCUGUCAGUACCUAGACCUGCAGGUGUGUGUGUGUGUGUGUGUGUGUGUGUGUGUGUGUGUGUGUGUGUGUGUGUGUGUGUGUGUGUGUGUGUGUCACACCACACCAUACCACCACACCAGUAUAUAGAAGGUUAUAGCAACCUGAAGUGUAUACACCACACCACCACACCACAACACACCAUAUUACACUACACCACACCAUACCACACUACACCAAACUACACCACACCACACCACACCACACCACACCAUACCACACCAUACUACACCACACCACACCAAGUCAUAUAGAUAGUUAUAGCAACCUGAAGUGUACACACCACACCACACACACCCACCCACCUAUAUACAACACACCCACACACCACACACACACACACACACACACACACACACACAGUUUUGUAUCCCACAGACCUACAGAUUGGUGUGGACGCAUCUGGCAGCCACCACACACACGCGUACAGUCGCUGUGCACCUCAUGUGUACCUUGUGCAUGUGUGCGUCUGUUUGAGUGUGUGCAACUGUGUGUAUAAAUGCUUACAUGUGUGUAUAUAUGUGUAUGUAAGCUUGUGGCUCUAUAACUCAUAAAUAAUAACAAUAAUAACAAUAUUAUUAUCACACUUAGUAGAGAAAGUCACAGUGGAAUCAGUUGACUCAAUUUUUGUUCUUUUGAUUGUCAAAGAGAAAUAUCUUUACAUAAUUUGAGAUUCAAGCAAAGAUUACUACUCAUGACUGUGUGUCUGUGUGUAUGCAUGUGUAUGUGUAUGUGUAUGUGUAUGUGCAUGUUUGUGUGUGUGUGUUCGUGUAGUGAGCUCCUCUGCCCGUGACACACACAUACACACACACACACAUACACACACACACACAAACACAAACACACACACACAUAUACACAUGAGAGCAUUACACCCAUACUGACUACCACUACCACCACCACCACCACCACCACUACAACCACUACUAUUACUACAACACUCAUCACCUCACCACUAAUCACCUCACCACCACCACCACCACCACUACCACCACUAUUACUACUACUACUACUACAGAGAAAGAGAAAAGAUGUGCAUCCUUGUCCAUAGUGUUAAUUGACAGUAAUCAUAAAAAUAAUAAAAAACAUUAAAAAAUUUAAAAAUGACCACUAGGAAACGUGUGCCCUUGUCCAUAGUGGUUGAGUUAGGACACGUUCCACUGGACAGCAAGCGAGCCACACCCCCCGCCCCCCACCGGACACACCUGUGGGGGGCAGCAGGUGUGGGAGGAGGUGGAAUGCUGCUCCUUCAGGGUAACUCUGUACAUAAAGCCUCUAUAAGGACACACCUGCAAAAAAAAAAAAAAGAAAAGUAUAUAUAUAUCCUUAAUUUUAAUUGCUACAUAGAGCGUUAGUGAACAUGUGAUUAUGACUUAAAUAUAUGUCCUUUGAAGGUAAUUGUCAGUGUGUGUAAAUUUAUUAUCUUCCUCAUUCACCCCCAUACUCUCUCUCUCUCUCUCUCUCUCUCUCUCUCUCUCUCUCUCUCUCUCUCUCUCUCUCUCUCUGUACUCGCAGCAGCAAAGCAGCUUUGCCUCCGCCUCUGCUGCGUCACUCCUCCCCCAGACUGAAUACUCGGAAAACUGUACCAAGAAAAGCAAACGUGAAGUGAAGUUCCCAAAGCAAUCCUUGUCUAACAAUCAACAUAUCAUUUUGUAAUAGUAAUAAUAACACUGAUAUUACUAUGUACUAUUACUAUACUACUACUAAUACUACUACUUAGUGGUUUAAUCAAGAAAAUAGUGCCUAUAUAUUUGUUUUUAUCUUACUUAUGUAACUAGGAAGGCACGGCAAGGCCCUGCCCGGCGUUGUUCUGUCUUAGGUCUGCGUGAAGCAACAAGUAUUGUGUUGGUGAAGCAUUGGUUCUGUGUAGCGGCACACGGUACUCCACAUGCCUGCCGACACGUCCUGCAGAGCACACUCACGCACACACUGCCUCCCAAUCACCUGUUUCCAAGCACACACCACCCCAUCUAGUCACCACUGAACCACUGAGGGCGAGUCUGUUAUCCCCUUGGGAGCUGGCAUCCCAUGUCAUAGUGUACGUGUGUUGUUCAGACUGACCCAGUGCGGCGCUCCAGGCAGCACACGUGGCGUCCACUGUGCUGACCUGUGCUGCUGAAUCUGUCCACUUCCUCCCAGUGUAGCUACUGCCAGGAAACCCAAAGAGGAAUACUGUCCAGUGAGAACCCAUUCCUCUCAUACAAGUGUGAACAUCCACAAAGCAGUUCACACACAAGAAAGACACAAACCUUACCUGACAGCGAGAGACGCAGCUCCUGUGGCACGUGUUGCGUCCUGUGUGAGUCGUGGCCCCGUGUUGUGACCCACACCAGGCGCUGCACCACACUCGCCACACACCACCACUCUUUGUGCUAAUAACAAAAACUCUAUACAUAUCAGAGAGCAAUAUAUUAUGCCCACGAGGAGAUACUUGUGCAUGGUUGCCAGGUUGCCACCUCUCCCAUAACGUUCAACGUUGAGCCACCGCGGCAGCGACACGCCGAGCCACGCGUCAUGGCGGCGUCGAAAAUGUUACUGGCUUAAUGCCAGUGUUUGGUCUUUGGUGUGUUACUAUACCUGUCUAGUCCAUCAUUGCUAAUGCUCAGGGCAAGAAUGUUGGGGAUUCUAAAACACACACACACACACACACACACACACACUAAUGCCUCUACUUAUGAAAAUGUUACGUUCCAAAAAACUCAUCAUAGAGUGGAAAUAUUUGUAUUGUAAUCUCAAAAGAAUGAUGAUGUUAUACGUUACAUUGACACACACACACACACACACACACACACACACACACACACACACACACACACACACACAAAGUUAAAUUCCAUGAAAAUGAUCAUAAAGAAAGAAAGCAUGAGGUAGUCAAUUCGACUAGGAAAGAAAGGGACUCGCGUGUGUAAAGCUAUAGUCCUUGAACACCACUAGCUCAACGCUCAACACAGCGCGAGAGAGAUGCGACAGAAUUAUAUGCCUUCCACCUCCAUAGUCCACACUCACACACAUGGACAUUUUCUGCUGCGUGAUCACCACCUCAUUACGCAGCACACAGAUGAAGCACCAAGUUUUUUUUUUUUUUUUUUUUUUUUUUUUGUGCAAUUUAUUCACAAAAAUGUCUGUCGGUCUGUCUCUAUACUCUGUGUCACUGUCCUGGCACCAGACGGCUGCGGUACAGUUGCUUUUCACACACACACACACACGUCCCGAGAAUUAAUGUCGUUCCCGUUUAACGAGAUGCAUGGAGCCUUUCUUUUGGUCGUGUGAUGAGCGAACGUUUGCAUGCACUGCAUUCGAUGGCCUGUUAGAUGCACCACAGUUCAGACAAAAGACAAAAGAGAUGGAUAAAUUAUUUUUUGGUUGAUAUUCUUAAAAAUUAUUCACAAGAUAAGAGAUGAUUUCAGAUUCAUAUGUAUUAUGAGUAAACAUUACAUUACUUCCUAUUAAAAUAAAAGAAGUGUAUACACCCUUUUGAAGUUCCUUAUGCAUCACUCAUUACAUAAUUUCCUGUUAAGAGCAAAAAGUGUCUCGAACCAUCAAAUACAGUACAUGACAAUUGUCACGUUUUGUACUCGCGGUGAUGACCACUCGGUGGGUGGAGGCAGAGGGAAGCGGUCAGGAUGAAGGCAUUGCACUGCCCCACAUAGGCUGCUUCCCCUGCCACACCCUCAUCCGGCCUUGCCUAUACAGUAAAUAGGCAAUUUCAUUAAGAUGUUUUUUACUCACGGUGAUGACCAUUUGUUGGGUGAAGGUGGAAGACAGUGGUGGUGUUGGAAGUAUUAUCUUGCCACACACUGGCUGUUUCUCUGCUAAUACCCAUGCCUGGCUAGUCUAUACAGAAAUUUGUAUAUCUGUCUCUCUCUCUCCAAUUUCAAAACGCUCGCAAAGUCACAGGAAAGAUGACAUUGUAUAACUGGACACGUACUUUUUUCUGCCACCUGUUCCUUAAAAAGUCGCCUAAAAGUUCUUAAAAUCAAUCCAAAUUUAUAAGCACAUCUCGUAUCCACUCUUGAAUAAAAAUAGAAUAAAAAUUUAAUAAAGUUCACCUGAAAAGAAAAAAAAAUAUUGUAGAAACUUUAACACAUAAACUCCUUUUUCAUCUACCCACAACACACACAAAAUGGUCGCUAUAUGAAAGAUUAUAUUAAUGUACCUAAAUUUUUAUACCCCCUUACAUCCCUUUAAACAAAAAUUACGAAGUUACUCUCUGACAGAAAGAAACAAUGACUAAGUGUAAAAUUUAGAUACAAACUUUUCUCUCUUCCCAUUAGCCAAGAGGUGAAUGGGACAGACUCACCGUAACUCUCACCACCACUUGAGUAACGCCUCACCACGCCUCCUCGCCACCAGCUGCAGGGCCAAGGGGUGUCUGGCUGCCCUCCACCGCCCCUUCCCUGCAUCUGUGAGUGUGAGCGGGGAAAGGACCAUAUUCUUAAACCCUUCAGCUUCCUAACUCCACUACUUUCAGAAGGCUAUAUACAUUGUUGAAGUUAGUCGGAUUUUCACGAGUGCUUUUUUAUGAUUCUAGUGACAGAUUAACAAGAUUUCUACAUUAUUAACAGGAAAAACACUCUUGAGAACCGCGCUAAUCCUCUCUGUGGUCUCUGUCAGUCGUGAUUGGGUUGCAAAGAGUUUCUGAAUAUGAGCCAAAGUCAUUAGUAUUACCAUUUUUGUCCGAAGAAUCAAAUUGUUUGUUUGCGUACGUUACACCCUCGCCUGCAGACUUGCUGCCUCCCUCCCCAAGGGAGUAGCACCACCAGGCACUCCACACUCACUGUACAGCAACAGAAAUAAAUCCUGUGCCAUUUUA